AUGUCGGGCUCUUUUCUUUACUGUCUUUUCUUUCUUUUAGCGUCCCUUUCAUUCAUUUUUGGCCUCUUACUUUUUCCUACAAUUUGCAUUCAUUCUCUUUUCUUCCUUUCUUAUCAUUUUCCUGUUUCUUCGAAUCUUCCUUUAUUUCGCUUUCCUUUUUCUUUCUUUCCCGCGUUACGUUUUAAUUUUCUCUCUCUUCUCUCUUUCUUUCUCUUUUUUAUUGUAAAGUUAACUUUGCUUUCUGUCUUUCUCCUUAUCAUCGAUUUCUCUAUCAGGAAUUUUUCUUUUUCUUCUUCUUCUUCUUCUCCUUCUUCUUCUGCGUCGUCGUCUUCUUCUUUUUCUUCUUCUCUGUCUUCUUUUUUCCUCUUCCUCGUCGUCGUCGUUUUCUUCGUUUUCUUCUUAGUCUUUUUUCUUCCUCGUCGUCGCCAUCUGUUUCUUCUUCUUCUUCUUCUUCUUCUUCUUCUUCUUCUUCUUCUUCUUCUUCUUUUGUCUUCGAUUUGUUGUUGUUGUUCUUCUUAUUAUUAUUAUUCUUCGUCGUCGUCUUCUUCUUUGUCUUCUUGUUUGUUUUCUUUUUUCUUCUUCCUCGUCGUCAUCGUCUUCGUCUUCGUUUUCUUCUUCUUUGUCUGUUUUCUUCUUCUUCUUCGUCGUCUGUUCCUUCUUAUUUGUCUUCUUCUUCUUCUUCUUCUUCUUCUUCUUCUUCUUCUUUCCAACGUGCUUCUUUCUUUUCACUGCCUUCAAAUAAACAUAUUUGUCCUCAACUACUCUCAGUGGUUAAUUCACAUUCAACAUCUCCACUAUCCUUUUCUCUCUAUUCAUCUUUUCCUCUUCUUCUCCUUCUCCAUCUUCCUCCUCCUCCUUCCUCCUCCUCGUCUCCUUCUUCCUCCUCCUCCUCUCCUUCUUCAUCUAUCUCCUCCUCCUCUCCUUUUUCGUCUUCCUCCUCCUCCUUUUUCUCCUUUCUUCUCCUUUUUCGUCUUCCUCCUCCUCCUCUUCUCCUUUUUCGUCUUCCUCCUCCUCCUCCUCUCCUUUUACGUCUUCCUCCUCCGUUUGUCUAUCUUUUUUUUCCCCUGCUUCUCCAAAUAUUCUCCAUUUACAUCUGUUCUAUCUAUCUAUCUAUCUAUCUAUCUAUGGUUUUGGUUAUAA